AUGUCAGUGAUGAGAGCUUGUGAAGGCUGCCGGAGAAGGAAGAUCAAAUGUGAUGCUGCUACCACAAACACAUGGCCCUGCUCGGCCUGCAUCAGGCUGCGUCUUCACUGCGUGCGACCCAACGGACAGUAUGACGGAACCUCUGACUCGGGAGCCUAUGAUUCGUCCCCAACUGCCACCGACUACGCCGACGCAGGUCAGCUGCAAGACAGCUUCCGCCAGAUGCCCAUGCAACAGCAGCAGACGUCGAUGAUUGCGAAUGCGCCCAAAGCCUGGACCGGCAAUGUAUGCCACACACGCGGCCCUAUCCAGACAACCCCAAUGUCUAUCAACACGUGCCUUACUCAGACUCUUUCUGCGGCUCCGCAGAAUGUGCAUUACACGACUAUGCCGCCAUCCGUUCCUGUGAUGGAUCAGCAGCAAUACGCAGCACAGCAUCACUUUCCCAGUCCUCCUCACCAUCAGGGCUCCAAACCGCAUUCCUCCUCUCCCGGCGCGUACUCUCAAGAUGAGUACCAGCAGCAAGACCUGUCAGAUUUACUAGGAUCAUUGAAGAUGGACGAGGCAGGAUCAGCACCGUAUCUUAGGAACAGGGCAACGUUCAGACAGGAGGAAGAACCCGCUGUCGAGGAGGCCGACGACUACAAGAGCCACCUACCUGCUCUUCUGCCUGCGCCGGGCCUGAAAAUCCGCAUCCCACCAGAACUUAUGCCCGACGACGACACGGCAGAGCACUACACUCGACCUCAAUGGAACUCCAACAGGGACGCCAUCUCGCCACUCAUCCUUGAGGCCAUCUUUGCAAUCGGCGGACGAUUAGCAGAUGAGCCGGCCCAAGGUCAACAGUGGCUGGCUUUGGCCAGCAAUCACGCCGACGCAUUCAUGGAUAUUCCACGACUGAGCACACUACAGGCGCUGUUGAUUAUACUAAAAGCAAGGGAAGCCGCGCCGAAGCGAGGCUACUACUACCGAUCUUGGAUGACGGUUGUGCAGUGCGUUCAGAUGGCAAAGGAUCUUGGCCUCGACGAGCACUAUUCCGACCAUCAGACCGGCCGACCUUGCGAUUCAAGCCCGAUGGAAUGCCAGCUGAAGAGCCGAAUUUGGCAGACCAUUUUCGUGUGUGAAGUCAUGGUCGGAUCUCCGCAAGGGAGGACCGAUUUGGCGGUCGAACUUGACACGAUUGACUUCAGUAUACCUCGUCCUAUACCCGGGGCUGAUGAACUCGAAUACAACAUCUCUCGCAACUUUACGUAUCUCGCCCGGAUCGUCAAGAACAUUAGUCGAAUGAAUACAGUUUAUGGCCGCCUGCGAAAAACAAAGAAAGAUUGGGGGGUUGAUCCAGAUUUUGUACAGCUCAACCCUUCUCUAAACUCGUGGUUGAACGACCUCCCAGGCGACCUAUCGGUGACGUUUCCACCCGAUGGAUCUGCGCCGUGGCUCUCGUCGCCGUUUAUCGGCAAUCUACACUCGUACUACUACCUGGCGCAGAUUCUGCUGCACCGGCCGCAGCUGGCGUUUUUGGACCCCAACGGCGCAGACGGCCAGUGGAAGCACCACAUGAUGAUUUGCUACAAUUCUGCCAAGGCGCUCUGCCGCCUGCAGGAGGCAGUCGUUAAUACCUUUGGCUUCACGGGCCUGCAGUGCAUGCAGCGCGGGUUUAGCUUCACCAUCUACUGCGGCUUGACGUGCAUUGUUCUCCACCUGGUGAGUGUGGCAAUCACGUCUCCGGACCCGGAUCUGAACGUUGACGCGCGGGACUACUUUGCGCGUCACAUGCGAGUUCUCGAGAGGGUCAUGUCGGUUUGGCCCAUGGCGGAUCUCCAAAAGCCAGUCGACGCUGUUCGAGAAGCAUUCUCUGCUGACACCAGGAAACCAUUCGUACUGAAGCCGAGCUUCCCAUAUGGCAGCCCACACUCUUCGAACCAGUCGCCGUCGCCUCACAUCAACACGGGAUACCGGCCAUCGCCGCUGUCUCAGGCGGGUUCGCUUGAACCACGACUUGAUACGCAGAACAUGCACCAACAGCACUCCCAAGUUAGUUAUAGCCACCCCAUGACGCCACCCAUAUCCGCCGGACCUCUGGACACGAGGAGUGACUCGCCUGAUGUACAGUCACUCGUAAUGAUGUCGAGCCAAGGCUCCCAAGCGCCUGGGAUGCCACCUACGAUGCCCCUUGCGGAAGCGCCGGCCUGGAAUCCGCAGAGAAUUUUCGAACAAUGGAAUACGUCAUUUGGUACGCCUCAAGUCCAGGCACAGUCGACCAGCGUCCCCACCCAGACCAGCGCGCUUAACGUUUCCCCGUCUUCAGGUCAACCCGAAGCCCCAUCCAUCCAGGAUAUCCAAGCUGCCACGGCCAGCAUGCCUGUCGCUGCACAGCAGAUGCCGGCCCAGCAAUACUCGGCGGCUCCUGUCCAAACGUUUGUCACGCCAGCCAUGUGGCAAGAAUCAGUGGCCAGCGUGUACGAAGGCGGUCUCAAGCGCGCGUGGGACUAUGAAGGCGGUCCGGUGAUGAAGCGGCAGCGCUGA